UUCCAAAGGCGGAAUUCAUGGGUACAUAUGGUGUCCACGUGUGUAUACAUGCUGAGUUGAAACAUGUGGGAUUUCUCCCCCUACCCCGCUAUUCUGGCUUCUUAACUUGCACCCUAACAGCUCAACAGAACCUUGGUGUCCACAAAAAGGACUUGAGGUGGAACGUGGAGGAACAGGGUCCUCUCCUGGUUUGUCCACCCUGCCCAGACCUCCAUUCCUCACCCAACCUACCGCUUCAGAGCCAGGAAAAGACCUCAGAGUACAUCUGCUCCAACUCCACCAAGGCUCAGACAGGACAACAAGUGUGUGCUGGACACUGGGAAAUGUGGUCCAGGAGCAGUCACAGUCCCUACAGACUUCCCACAAAUUACCGUAAUGCAAAAAGUGCUCAGCCCCUGCCGACAUGAGCAAUGGGCAGGGCAUCUGACUGGGUUCCUGCCCCAUGAGAAGCACACAGCCUGGUUUGGGGAGGUGGGGCUCCAUCCGGGCUGUUCGGAUACCUGAGUGGAGCCCACAGACCAGCCCCCACCUUGUGUGUUUAGGGCUGUGCUAGGAAGGCCGAUCUGUGUGCUGUGACCUUGGAACUCAAUGUGAGAUCGCUGGACCGGCAGCAGCACCUGGAAGCUUGUUGGAAAUGCUGAUCUCAGGUGGGACUCCAGAAUUCCCACACUGCACCUGCACUCCCCAAAUACCUCCCCACCAGACGAUCCGAGGGCUUGGGGCAGUCCGAGGAGCACCUGCCAGGGUGCCUGGGGUCCCACCGCUAGAGAUCCAGCCCAGCAAUCUGAAGAUGUAAGUGCCCCCAGGAGGAGUGACAGAGUGACACAAAUGACACAAGGGGAGGGGACUUGUCAGGUGUCCCCUCCUACUGCAAGUUCCCAGGGCAGAAGGCAAUGCCCCCACAGGAACUUUUCUAGACACUCCGAGUGCACCUGAAUUGCAUUUUGAGUGAUGCUACCUGCUAAGCAGGAAGAGCCCUCUGGAGCCUCGGAAAGCAGAGUGGAAGUGGUGGUGCCCAGGACGCGUGGGCUCUGAUGGGAAGGGGGAGGUGGGCCUGAGCAUGGGCCUUCUUCUCCC